CAGCCAGAGUCUUAUGUGUGACCUUUUCCCUGCCGUGCACGACCACAGGCCAUUGCAGUGAUGACUGCAAAAGCAGAGCUUUCAAGCUGGCCGGAGUACCCUGAGGACUUCAGCCUGCUGCAGCAGCGCAACCUUGCCCACAUCAACUCCAAGACUUGGAUUUCAUCUAAUUCAAUCCAUGCGUUCUCCAGGAGGGACGCGCACGGAGCUGCAGACUCUGGCCUCGCGCUGGAGAAACUUGUGCCAAUGAGUAAACUUCCUGUGUGCCAGACUGCUGCAGACGCCGCAGAGGCAGACUGUGACAGGGCAGCAGAGGGGGGAAAGCCGAGCCACUUUGGCCCGCAGAAACACAGGCGCGUCGCAGCCAACGCCAGAGAGAGGAGAAGGAUGCACGGCCUCAAUAAGGCGUUUGACGAGCUGAGGAGCGUCAUCCCCUCCCUGGAAAACGAGAGAAAGUUGUCCAAGUACGACACCCUCCAAAUGGCGCAGAUUUACAUCACUGAGCUGUCGGAGCUGCUGGCUGGUGUAGUUCACCCGGAGUGCAGGAGUCCCCGUCCAGCUGCUGCGGACAAGUCCUCCAGGCGGAGUCUGAUCCACUCUCUGCGGCCAGCGGACACUGCGCAGUCCCCGAACCCGCUGACCGGAGAACAGCGGGACCCCUCCGCCUCCGUCGGCCACCUCAUAAUAUUCGGACCUACAUCUGACUUGGGGUCAAAUCAAUCAGUGACUUCUUCCAACAGCAGUGAUGGGGAAUCUUCGCACCUCAGUGACAUGGAGGAGAGUCAGAGUGGAAGACAGUAACACAAAACCACUGCAGUGUCUGUUAGAGACAGAACCAGGAGAACCAAAUAUCAGCUUGUAGAAACAUUGAUCAUGUCACAUAGUCCUUUAUUUUCUCCUGUCAUUUGAAAUAGUUUAGAAAUUGCACUGUCAAUGAGAAAAACUUACUGAAACCCUGAUUUUUUUUUACUUCCUAAGGCCACAGAGGCCUUUUUAAUGCACUUUAUGGUCUGAACCAUCACUACAGACAUUCCCAGUGUCAGUGACAUUUGUCUAAAUUAAAACAAUUAUUUUGAUAUUUAUGUAAAGCUAUGGGGUAUUUUUAUGAUGAUUGUUUUGCUACAAUAAAGAUAUGCUUAAAACACCA